AUGAACCCACAAAAAAAGCGUUUAGAGCAGCUGAAGGCCCGACGGGAGGCCCAGGAAGCCGCCGAGAAACAGCAGCUACAAAUCCAUAAUAGUAAAAGUAAGAAGAAGAUGACGUCAGGAGAAGCGGUGACACCGGAGGAAACGAAUGUGAAAAUGAGCGCGGAGAGUGUCGACUAUGAAUACUCCGUGGAAGAGGACUACGAGGACGAAGAAUACAAAUCCGCAAAAAAUGAAAUCGUCAAUAAGCUGCUAAUCGAAGAAAAACGUCUUAAAAAGUCAGCUAGGCUCGCUGUGGAAAACGAAAAGAAAUUAAACUCAGUUCUGGAAGAAUUCAAUAAACGAUUCGAUGAUUUCGAAUCGCUUUUAGAUCAAAUGUUGGAAGAAGUGGCAGGGUAUAAGAAGAACUCCAUGGUGACGUAUACGACAAUGUUGGAGAGUAAUUCCGAAGUGAUGGAACUCGUCAACAGUCUGUCCAUCAUGUCGGUCUUCGAGAUUAUGGCUUGUGAUCCGUUGAUUAAUUCGUUGACCUCUUGA